AUGCCGAAAACAACAGCACAGAAUUGCUUAUCAACGUAUACUUCAAUGAUGCGUGUAACAAAAAAAGGAAGGCCUUAUACAAAAGAUCUUUACGAUAUGUUUGCGGCAGUACUGUUUCAAGUCACGCUAACAGAUCACAGAGUCAUGUUUAGAAAUUAUCCUUAUACUUUUACAACCGACGAGGCAGCAAAAGUGAUGUCUGAGCUUGUGUUUAUUCAUUUACAUCGUCAUCCAGAUCCAGCAGACCCGUCCCGUCAAGUCGCUACACGAACUACAACUACAUUCAGUAUGGACUAUGCCACGGCAAAGAACCUUAUCCAGCAUUUUUUAUCUGCCAGACUUAUUAUGAGUGCAACGGAUCCCAAUAACUUAAAUGUACGCGAUCGCGGUCUUUAUUGUCCAACAUUAAAAGGAAAAUAUGUUUUGGAAGAAUUCACUGAUUAUACACAAGUUGAAAUGUCGGCUUCUUUGAUUGCUGCUUUUAAUGCCCCAUACAUGUCUUUGGGCUCAUCAGGAAGCACUGGUUCACGAAUAAUUAGUCUAGAUAGAUUAGCAGAUUAUGACGAUCAGAUCACCUUCUCACGCCCUAAUAUGACUGCAGCUUUUAAAGCCAUGAUGUCUAGUUUACCUUUAGAUGUGCUUCUAAUGGAUGAAAUAGGUGGCCUUGAGAAAAAAAAUAUCAAUAUGUUCCAGCAUACGUUUGUUGGGUUACAUUGUAUUGAUUGGUUAACCGAUCGUCUAACCGUCAUGUGUAGAGACGAAGCUGAAAUGGUAGCCGCCGAAUUCGUCUUGUUUGGUUGGAUUGCUCAAAUUCAAGAUAAAUCUGAAAAGGGAUCUCAUCGAAAAGACGAUACCAUGUCAUUUAAAACUUCCAGAAACGCAAUUUAUUAUGUAACUGAACGUGGAUGCACCGUAGUUGGUUGGAAAAUAAAUAAGCCAGCACAGGAAGAAAUUACAACCGGUGACAGUAGUAGUGGGCGUUCAAUUGAUUCAUCCGAUUCAAACAGUCUAAGAAAGGCAACCAUGCGAAAAGUAGUGAUCAAUACCGGAAAGCCAAAUAAAGUUGAUAUAACACCUCCAACAAAACCCAAUGUAUAUCAACCAGGAACGGAUAUGAAAAGGCACGAUUCUGCUACAGUAUUUACUGAUAAGGUGUUGCCGAUUGAGAACACAGUAUCAAAUGAAAAAGAACGCCGUAUGCUUACCCCUAGACCACCUAGUAUGUCCUUAACAGAUUCCAGCAUGUCACACACAAGUGCUAACUCAACGAUGUCUCCCGACAACUCUCAAUUCACUCGAUUAAACCAAAUUCUCGAAACCCCGCUUUUACGCAUGUACUUUCGUGAUUUCUUAAGAUCCAACUAUUGCGUGGAAAAUAUCAAUUUUUGGGUUGAUCAUCAUCUUUUAUUGAAAAAUAGCAACAAGAAAAGUAUGCUGGAUCAAGUAUCGGAAUGUUACUCUAUUUAUGAAACUUAUCUAGGACCUGCAGCCACAGCUGAUGUCAAUAUCGAUCACACAUUACAUCAAGAGAUAAUUAAAUAUGUAUCUAGUGUCUUUGUCAUUGUUAGCCAAUUACCUCCUGCAGGAAUAUCUUACUUUAUUUUGGCUCCAAACACGGCAUCAAAAAAUCAUAAUAAAUCGGCAAAAUCGGCUACCAGGCUGUUGCUGUUGCCUCCGCAAGCAAAUAGUAUCAAACAAAGAAUUGUAACGAUAAGGGGGACAUUAACUGACAAGUGUCUUGGAAAUUUGCUAAAAAUGUUUUCAAGAGUAAAUGAUCAUGUGUGUCGGAUGAUGGCCGAAGAUUCUGUUCCAAAAUUUAUAAGAACAUCAAAAUACAAAGAGCUGAUGAUUCAACAACAGCAAAGACUGCAGGGUGUUGAUGACGAAGACGAAGAAGAUGAUGAUGAUGAUGAACAAUACUAUUACGAUGAUAGCGAUGAAGAUGAGAUUAUCCACGUUACUACAGCCUUAUCCGAUCAAAGAAUCUCGGUUGAAAAUAUUCAGAAUUAUCCUCUUGAAAGCAUGGUCUCUUUUUGA